AUGGAACCACAAAAACCUCUUCAACCCUUCGAUGAUUUGGGUCAAAAGCUAGAGGAAGCUUGUUCAAACUUGAAUAUCGUUGCUGAUAAUAGGAAACGAAAGGAGUAUGAAGCUUUUAUUCAACAUUGUCAAAACCAACCACAACCAUACGAUUUUUGUAGACAUAUUCUUGAGGGACCACAAUAUAGUGUAGUAACAAAGUUUUUUGCUUCAAAUAUCAUCAAGAAAUCUAUUGUUCAAGAAUGGAAUGUUUUGGAUGUUAGUAUGAAACUAAACUUGAGUCAAUAUUUAUUUGAAUUUAUUGCCUCUGUUGUUUUGGGAGGAAAUGUUCCAUCUUCUAUCAGUUCUGGUGCUGGUUCAAUUCAACCUCCUUCUAUUUUACAACAAAUAAUUAAUCAAUUAUUACAAGGUUACUCAAUUAUUCAAAAAAGAUCUUGGAUUGAUGAAAAUAAUGGAGGAAAACAAUUUAGAGAAAUGACAUUUACUCAUAUUCAACAACUUCUUAGCCAAGAUUCACCACAGGUACAACAAAUGUCCCAAAAUUUAGCUCUUCAAUUAUUACUGAAUUUAAUUACUGAAUUUUCUCUUGGAGGAUCAUCAUCUGAAAUUGGAAUGAAUUGGGAAUUUCAUGAAAAAUCUCGAGUAAUGUUCCAACAAGAUUUUUUAUCCAAUUGUUUUGUAUUGGGUUGCGACAUUUUAAAAAGAACUCUCUCCAUCCAGGAUGAAUCAAUAUUUUGUGGAGUUGUUACAAAUGAAAUUUCAGAACUGUUAAAAAUGUCAGUCAAUGCUCUUCAACUGAUACGUGAGGUUCUUUGUUGGGAUUUUUCUCCAUUUAAUGAAAUGAGUUCAUUGAAGACUAUUAUUUCUACUAAAAUUUACAAAAAUAAGUAUGCUAGCAGUGGAGGUGGUUCUGGUUCUGCGUUCCUAGAACAAGGCAAAAUCUCUCCAUCAUCCAAGGAAUGGAAGGAAAGAUUUUCUAAUACUGAUAUCUUAACACUUUUAAUUCAAUUCCAUCAAAAAUUUCGCCAAGGCCUUGUUAUUACAUCUUCUAAUCAAAAUGCUUUGGACGCUGAACUUUUUAUUAGAAUUACACAUCAAGUACGACUUUGUUUAACUCAGUGGUGCAAUAUUUCAAUCGACUGUUUUACAGAUAGAAAUUCUAAAUUGAAUUUUUUUAUUGGACUUUUGUCAAGUAUUUUUUCAUUAAUGAAUAGUGCUCUUUCUAAUGUUACAUCAUUGGAAUUUUCAUUAAUUUGUGGACAGGAAAUUUAUGAUUGUUCUCAGUGUAUUUAUCGAUUAUUUACUAAUUUUAAAUUUUCAACAUUCAUAGAAAUUUACUAUCAUUUAAACCAAGCACAAUUUAUGGAAAUAAUUCAACAUCUUACAAAAGCUACCAUAAGAACAAUUGAAAUAUCAUCCAAAUUUAAUGAUCAAUUUAUUUUGGAUAGUUUGACCACUCUUCUUGAAUGUUGGAGCUUGAUUUGUGAAUCCCUAACAUCAGCUCGUCAUUCACCAUCAGGUUUAUACUUAGAUAUGAAGGGAUCAGAUUUAGUUAGACAAUGUUGCUUUGAAAUUUACAAGAGUUAUGUUGAUCUCAAAGUUCCAGAGCAGAGACCACCAUCCGAUAUUGAAGAUGAUGAAUAUGAAAAUGAAGAGUCAGUUGUUGAUGAACAAUUGAAUGCUAUUGGUGUUCUAGGUAGACAACUAGCAGAACCAUCUCUACAACUUUUAUACCACAAAUUUUCUACCAGAUUUUCCCUCUUACAAAACCUAUUUGGCCAAAAUUCACAAAACAGACAAUUGGAUGGUUUGUGGGAAGAUUUUGAAUGGAUUAUAGAAAUUGGAGGUUAUACAGUUGCUGAUCAUGUAGAAGGUGAAGCACCUACACUCCCAUUAGAGAUCGUAGAUUUAACAGAUGGAUCUUCAGAUAAUGUUUUCUUUAACUUUAUUAACUCUAUAAUUAAGUUUUCUCAAUUUGAACUUCUUUGCCUUUCCAAGAGUCCACAAAUGCUUAGUCCUAGAAUUGCAAAAAUUUUAAUGUGGUUCUUUUGGAGAUGGGCACAAUCAUAUUUGAUGCCUGAAAUAUCUCACCAUACUGAGAGUAUUAGCAAAUCAAUUAUACAUAUGUACGGGGAGCAAUCAGAAAACGGUGUGAAAAUUGUGGAUUAUCUGCUACAAAAAAUUUCUCAUAACCUUGUACACUGGUCAAGUGAGCACGAAACAUGUCUAGAAUCAAUUAGAUUAUUCAUGACAAUGUCAAGAAAAAAAUCUAUCCAAAAAUGUCUUAUCAGAACUAAUACUUUCGUAGAAAUGGUAAAGAAUGAUUAUAAUACCUAUCAUACCCUACAGAAAGCUUCAAACUCAAUCAAAGGCAAACUAACUCAAUGUAUUACAUCCUGUUGUGCAUCUUUUAUCAAAAAGAUACAAGACAAGAAAGAUUUUGAAGAGUUACAUCAAGUUCUAAAAGUAAUUUUAACACCUCUCAGAGAUCAGUUCAAUUCAAUACUUUCCAGAAGUGAUUUUACAGAAGUAUAUCAACAACCUCAAAUCAUGGAACAAUUGGAUUAUUGUUUUGAGAAAUUUUUAGGAAUAGCCAAAGGUUCAACAAAUUCAGAUGUUGCUGAAAUUAUGCUUUCAUUUUUUGAAUCAGAAAAAAUCCUUAUUAAUCUUAUCAAACUUUUAAAUCAAUACCACCUUCACGAGCAAUUUGUCACUCUAAUUCUAAGAGUUUUCAAAAAUUGUGUCAAGUCAUUCAUUCCACAUAUAACAAAAAAUCAAUGCAAAUCUCUUUUCCACACUUGUCUCAUAAUGAUUCAAUCCUUUGUACAACAGAAUGCUAAAAAAUCCGUUAAUGCAAAUUCAAAGAGAAGAAACGCCCUUGAUGACCUUUCUGAAGAAGAACAGUAUAAGGACUUAUUAAUUCUUUUGAAAACCUUAACAUUUAUGAUAUCGAAAGACUUUUUAGACUUUUCUGAUUUUGAUAGUGUAGGAGUAUUUUCUGCUGAGGUUCAUGUCAAAAAUGAUGAAAAUACCCAAAAUACCAUUGUGAAUUAUGUUUUCCAAGGAAUUCAUUUAAUGUUGCCUCUUAUAACUAUUGAGCUGUUGGAUUUCACCCCUCUUCGCAAACAAUAUUUUAAACUUAUUGGUUUCAUGAUGGAAAUGUAUCCUGAGAAGGUUGCUUUAUUACCAAAUCAAUUAUUCAAUCAUUUCAUUAACUCUCUCGUUUUUGGUAUUAGGCAUUUCGAGCUUGAUAUUGCACAAGACAGUUUUGAUGCCAUUCAUUCAUUAAGUUCGCAUAGGGCUAAAUAUCCUUUAUCUUUUAACCAACAAGAUCAAUCGUUUGUAGGAAUGUUAAUAAGGGAAAGUGUGAACAUGUUGCUGUAUGAAGUUUUCGAUAUUGAACUUUUGCACAACAUUAGUGAUACUCUCUACGGCCUCAUUUUGUGGGAUCAAAAUAGUUUCAGAAUUGCUGUUGAAGGAGUUUUAAUGAAUGAACCAAAUCACUCUCAAGAUAUUGCAAAAGGUUUCCAAUUGUUAUUGGAAGGAAUUACAGAAUAUGACCUUAGAGCAAAAAAUUUGCGCACUUUCUUUGAAAAUUUGGAAAAAAUUGUUUCCAAAUUGAGAUGUUUUACAAGAAGAAAAUAAAUUAUUUUCAAUU